CGACGAGCUUCACUUCGCUCUAGUGAUACCAUUAUCCCCAUCAUCCAACUCAACAGCCAUCAUCUUGCUGUCCUCUAGGUACUUAAACAGUUGAAUACCUUCGGGGAAGCCCACCCCCAAGCGGCCGCCAUGGGGGACGAUAGCGAGUGGAUGAAGCUUCCCAUCGAUCAGAAAUGUGAACACAAGGUGUGGAAAGCUCGUCUGUCUGGCUAUGAAGAAGCUCUGAAGUUGUUCCAGAGGAUCACUGAUGAGAAGAGUCCAGAAUGGGGCAAGUACCUGGGACUGAUGAAGAGGUUCGUCACCGACUCCAACGUCGUGGCUCAGCUCAAAGGCCUCGAGGCGGCCACGGUGUUCAUCCAGAACGCCCAUGUCGCUGGCAAGACGGCGGGCGAGGUGGUGUCGGGCGUGGUGACCAAAGUGUUCAACCAGCCGAAGGCCCGCGCCAAGGAGCUGGGCUCGGACAUCUGUCUGAUGUACAUGGAGAUCGAGAAGGCGGAGGUGGUUCAAGAAGAGCUGCUCAAAGGCCUGGACAACAAGAACCCCAAGAUAGUGGUGGCCUGCAUCGAGACGCUCAGGAAGGCUCUCAGUGAGUUUGGGUCUAAGAUCGUUACCUUGAAGCCCUUGGUGAAGGUUUUGUCCAAGCAGUUUGAGUCCAGAGAGAAGGCGGUGAGGGACGAAGUCAAGCUGCUCGCUGUGGAGAUCUUCAAGUGGAUCAGAGAUGCUCUGAGACCACCGCUGCAAAAUAUCAACUCCGUACAGCUGAAGGAGCUGGAGGAGGAGUGGGUGAAGCUGCCGUCCUCGCCGCCCAAACAGACCCGGUUCCUGCGCUCGCAGCAGGACCUGAAGGCCAAGUUUGAUCAGCACCAAGCCCAGGGAGAAGAGUCUGACGGAGAGGAUGAGGAAGAAACGGUGGCGGCGGUGGAUCCUUAUGAACUGCUGGAAGCCGUGGAAAUCCUGUCCAAGAUCCCCAAAGACUUCUAUGACAAAAUAGAAGCUAAAAAGUGGCAGGAGAGGAAAGAGGCUCUGGAGGCUGUAGAGACUCUAACGAAGAACCUCAAGCUGGAGAACGGAGACUACGGAGACCUCGUCAGAGCUCUGAAGAAGGUCGUGGGGAAAGAUGCCAACGUGAUGCUGGUGACGGCCGCCGCUAAAUGUCUCGCGGCGCUGGCCUCCGGUCUCCGGAAGAAGUUUGGAACGUACGCAGGACAAGUGGUUCCAACUAUUCUGGAGAAGUUCAAGGAAAAGAAGCCUCAGGUGGUCCAGGCCUUGCAGGAGGCCAUUGAUGCCAUCUACCUUACUACCACUCUUCAGAACAUGUCUGAGGACAUCCUGGGCGUGAUGGACAAUAAGAACCCCUCCAUCAAGCAGCAGGCCUCCCUGUUCCUGGCCCGCUCCUUCAGACACUGCACACAGGCCACGCUGCCCAAGAGCGUCCUCAAGCCGCUGUGCGCUGCUCUCAUCAAGCAAGUGAACGACUCGGCCCCGGAGGUGAGGGACGCCGCCUUCGAAGCGUUGGGCACGGCCUUGAAGAUGAUGGGGGAGAAAGCCGUGAACCCUUUCCUGUCCGAUUUGGAUAAAAUCAAACUGGAUAAGAUAAAGGAGUCUGCUGAUAAAGUAGAGCUCCUUGGAGGGAAGAAGGGUGCAGGAGGAGGAGGAGGGGCGGAAAAGAAGGCUCCAGCUAAAGCUCCUCCCCCUGCUGAAGCGCCACCUAAAUCCUCUGCCCCACCCAAGAAGACCCCGGCUGCCAGCAAGUCGUCGGCCGGCCCAUCCAAGAAGAGCAAACCGGCCUCCGUCGCUGGAGGGAAAGCCAAGAAGAGCCCUGAGAAUAAAGAAUUCACUGAGAAUGAGCUAUCGAUUGAAGUGUGUGAGGAGCGGGUUGCAGGUGUACUUCCUGCUUCCUGUGUGCAGCAGCUGGACUCGACCAGCUGGAAGGAGAGGCUGGCCAGCAUGGAGGAGUUCCAGAGGGCGGUGGAGACCAUGGAUACGGUGGAGAUGCCCUGCCAGGCCUUAGUCCGGAUGCUGGCCAGGAAACCAGGCUGGAAGGAGACCAACUUCCAGGUGAUGCAGAUGAAGCUGCACGUUGUGGCGCUCAUCGCUCAGAGAGGACAGUUUUCAAAGAUGUCGGCCUCCGUGGUUUUGGAUGGCUUGGUGGACAAGAUUGGAGACGUCAAAUGUGGCGGGAACGCCAAAGCGGGACUGACCGCUAUCGGCGAGGCUUGCUCUCUGCCGUGGACCGCGGACCAGGUCGUCUCGAUGGCGUUUGCACAGAAGAACCCCAAAAACCAGGCAGAAACUCUCAACUGGCUGGCUAAUGCCAUGAAGGAGUUUGGCUUUGCUGGGAUCAAUGUGAAGGGCUUCAUCAAUAACGUGAAGACGGCCCUCGGGGCGACGAACCCCGCCGUGCGGACGGCCGCCAUCGUCCUGCUGGGGGUCAUGUUCCUCUACAUGGGAGCUCGCCUUCGCAUGUUCUUUGAAGACGAGAAGCCGGCUCUCCUCGCACAGAUAGACGCCGAGAUUCAGAAGAUGCAAGGCCAGUCCCCACCAGCACCGAUCAAAUUCACCAAGAAGUCGGCAGCCGAAGAAGAGGGUGAUGAUGGAGAGGAACAGGAAGAAGAUGGAGAUGGAGGAGGAGGAGCAGGAGGAGGAGGAGGAGCACAGGCCGUUAUGGACCUACUGCCCAGAACAGAUAUCAGUGACAAGAUCACCGGUGAUCUGCUGUCCAAAAUUGGGGAUAAGAACUGGAAGAUCAGGAAGGAGGGUCUGGAGGAGACUGCGGCCGUCGUCUCGGAGGCCAAGUUCAUCACGGCCAACAUGGGCGACCUGCCGCUGGCCCUGAAGGCGCGACUCGGAGACUCCAACAAGAUCCUGGUCCAGCAGACUCUCGCUAUUCUGCAGCAGCUGUCUAUAGCCAUGGGACCUGGACUCAAGCAGCACGUUAAAGCCCUGGGAUUCGCCAUCAUCACCGUACUGGGAGACAGCAAGUCCAAUGUGAGGGCGGCUGCAAUGACCACCCUGCAGGCCUGGGUGGAGCAGACAGGGAUGAAGGACUGGCUGGAGGGAGAAGAUCUGUCAGAGGAGCUCAGAAAGGAGAAUCCCUUCCUCCGACAGGAGGUGCUCGGCUGGUUGGCGGAGAAGCUGCCCCCCCUGAGAACGGUACCCGGGGACCUGAUGCUGUGCGUCCCUCACCUCUACUCCUGUCUGGAGGACAGAAACGGGGACGUGAGGAAGAAGGCUCAGGACGCCCUGCCCACCUUCAUGAUGCACCUGGGCUACGACAAAAUGGACAAGGCCGCCGGGAAACUCAAAACCGCCUCCAAAGAUCAGGUGCUCGGCAUGCUGGAGAAAGCCAGAGCUUUGGUGCCGGCUAAACCGGCUGCUCCUGCCAAAGCUGGAGGGGGGAGGGGCUCCGCAGAGCCCAGCAGAGCUGCUUCAACCUCCAGGCAGCCGGCCGCUGAGGACGGUGUGGACGGGAAACCUGAAGGCAAGAAGGUCGUCCGAGGAGGAGGAGGAGUAGGAGGAGGAGGAGGAGCGGCAGCUUCAGGGAAGAAGCCUCCCUCCCCUCCAGAGGGGCCUGUCCCUCCUCCCCCCUCCAAGGAGAAGGACAGUGAUGCUCGUAAAAAGCCCCCCGGCAAAGGGAAGGCUGCUGCUAGCGGUCAGCAGGGUGCAGCCGGCAAGAAGCCUGCCGCCAAAAACCAGAAGGAUGAUGAAGAUAAGACCGGGCCGAUCUUCGUCCUCAUCCCCAACGCUAAGGAGCAGAGGAUCAAGGAGGAGAAACAACUAAAGGUUUUAAAAUGGAACUUCACGACUCCCCGAGAUGAAUACGUGGAGCAGCUGAAAAUGCAGAUGUCCACCUGCUUCGCCAAAUGGCUCCAGGACGAGCUUUUCCACAUAGACUUCCAGAGACACGUCAAGUCCAUCGGCAUCAUGAUUGAGAGGUUGGAAAGUGAAAGCGAAGCCACCAUCAGCUGUCUGGACCUGAUCCUGAAGUGGUUUACCCUGCGCUUCUUUGACACCAACACCACCGUCCUGAUGAAGGUGCUGGAGUAUCUGAAGCUGAUGUUCGCCAUGCUGAACAGAGAGGACUACCACCUGACGGAGAACGAGGCCAACUCCUUCAUCCCCUACCUCAUCCUCAAGGUGGGAGAGUCAAAGGAUGUGGUUCGCAAAGAUGUCCGGGCCAUAUUAGCCAUGCUGUGUAAGGUUUACCCGGCAUCCAAGGUCUUCCCUUUCCUCAUGGAUGGAACCAAGUCCAAGAACUCCAAACAGAGAGCUGAAUGCCUGGAGGAGUUGGGUUGUUUGAUAGAAGGCUAUGGGAUGAACGUCUGCCAGCCAACACAAGGCAAGUCUCUGAAGGAGAUCGCCGUGCACAUCGGAGACAGAGACACGUCCGUUCGCAACGCCGCCCUGAACACCGUGGUGGCCGUCUACAAUGUCUGCGGGGAGCAGGUCUACAAACUAAUAGGAAAUUUAUCGGAGAAAGACAUGAGCAUGCUGGAGGAGAGAAUCAAGCGUUCGGCCAAGAAGACGGCGGCGGCUCCCGCCAAGCCGAGUGCGACGGAGAGGUCUCAGAGGGAGCACCCCACUAACCCCAACGCCACCAUCGUCCGCAAGCCGGCACAAGAAGACCCCAACAAACUCAAAAUAAUGUAUCGCACGUAUAGGAUCCAAGCCCGUCAGAACGCCCAGCACAGUGAGCCCUCCUACCCCUCCAUCCCCAAGGAGUUCCAGUUGGACCUGGACAUGAUCGAGAAGGACCAGGGGAGAGCGUGCGAGCUGCCGGACCUCGUCCAACACAAGCUGGAUGAGCUGCUGGAGCCCAUCAUGAUCCCUGAACCCAAGAUGCGUUCAGUCUCUCCACAUUUUGAUGACCUCCACAACAGCACCUCCUCCACCAUCAACUUUGUCAUCUCUCAGGUGGCGAGCGGUGACAUUAACAACAGCAUACAGGCACUGGCACAGAUCGACGAGGUGUUGCGGCAGGAGGACAAAGCCGAAGUCAUGUCGGGACACAUCGAUCAGUUCCUGAUCGCCACCUUCAUGCAGCUGCGGCUCAUCUACAGCACGCACAUGGCCGAUGAGCGGCUGGACAAGAGGGACAUCAUCAAGCUGUACAGCUGCAUCAUCGGGAACAUGCUCUCUUUGUUCUCCAUGGAGUCCCUGGCCCGAGAGGCCUCUAUGGGUGUGUUGAAGGACCUGAUGCACGGUGUGAUAAUACUGAUGCUGGAUGACCGGAUGGAGGACAUAGAAGACGGACGGCAGGUCAUCAGAUCAGUCAACAUGCUGGUGACCAGAGUUCUGGAGAAGUCUGACCAGACCAACAUGAUCAGCGCUCUGCUGGUGUUGCUGCAGGACAGUUUGCUCACGACGGCCCCCCCAAUGUCCUCUGAGCUGAUCAUGAAGUGCCUGUGGAGGAUGAUCCGCUUCCUCCCGGAGACGAUCGACAGCAUCAACCUGGACCGGAUCUUACUGGACGUCCACAACUUCAUGAAGAUUUUCCCCAAAGAGAAACUGAAGCAGCUGAAGAGUGACGUCCCCCACCGGACCCUCAAGACUCUGCUGCACACACUCUGCAAGCUCACGGGGGCCAAGAUCCUGGACCACCUGUCGAUGAUAGAGAAUCGUAAUGAGUCCGAGUUGGAGGCCCAUCUGAGGCGGGCGGUCAAAUACUCCGGAAACCUCUCGGGACUCAAGAGUGACCGUGGCAACGAGAAGGGCGGUCUGCGCACGGAGGAUCAGAUGUCCAAGGCCAAGGUCAGCGACAUCCUGUCUGAGAUCUUCAAGAAGAUCGGCUCCAAGGAGAACACCAAAGAGGGUCUGACGGAGUUGUACGAGUUCAAACAGAAGUACUCGGACGCCGACCUGGAGCCCUUCCUCAAAAGCACGUCCCAGUUCUUCCAGAGCUACGUGGAGCGAGGCCUUCGCAUCAUCGAGUCGGAGCGGGAGGGCAAGGCCCGCAUCCAGACCUCAGCAGUGAUCCCUCAGCACGACGUGGACUUCAAUCUGAGCAGCAACAACGAGGAGCUGAAACCAGCCGUUUACUACGAGAGACUCAAGAUCCUCAGGCAGAGACAAGGCCUGGAGAACAACUCCAAGAGCAUGGAGGGCGAGGACGAGCCUCAGCAGCGCGCGCCCAUCUCCUCGCUGCUGUCCUCCAAGCCGCCGGUGGCCUCGUCCACCGACAUGCUCCACAGCAAGCUGUCCCAGCUCAAGGAGUCCCGGGAGCUGUACCAGCAGGAGCACAACGCCACGCAGCCCUACCCCCCCGCGCAGGCACACACGCGCUCGGCCUCGCCGGCGGCCAACCUGGACGACCUGAAGAAACGUCUGGAGAGGAUCAAGAGCAACCGGCAGUGAGCGAGGAAGAGCCACGCCGCCUCUUCAUCUCGCGGAACAUCCAUUCUGUGUUCAUGUUCUGGUGGAUAGGGGGGGGAGCAAACCCGGCGCCACUCAUUGGGCCUGUAAAUUAUUCGACUAACCCUAAUCUGAUCUGUAUGAUGUAGUGAGGACAUUGAGACGGAGACGCUCAGCGUGGAGACGUCGCUGUGUGCCGCUCGACUUCCUGUCCAGGAUGUCGUCGUCGAGUCGGUCUGAACAUUUCCCAUCCAUCAACCCGACUGUCCACGCCCCCCUGCCCCCCCGCCCGGCUGUCUCCUUCUUGCCUUCGGCCCCUUUUCUCUCUCUCGUGUCCUUUUUAUUCAUGACAUGUAAACUUCCCCCGCUCUCUGUACCUGUUUAACGGUCUAACCGCAUUAUCUGCUCUAAAGUGCUUCUUCCCGUUUCACCGUGACGUCACCGCGGCUGGAGAUUGCUUCGCCAGAGCUUGUAGCGUUCUAAAUGCAACACGUGACCGCCCCCUUGUGGCUCACCACUGUUAUAGCAUCUGUUUGUGACCCGCAGCACGAGGGAGCGUCUGAUUGGUCUGCAGAAAGCUCUCAUGCUCUGUCCAUCAGCAAAGGGAAAGCUUCAUUCUAACUCCGUUGUCAGAGCGGUUUGUGGAUGAGUCUUGCUCGGCAUCAUGACUUUGUUGAUCCUGAGUUGUGGUUUUGGGCCGCCGUUGUUCUCCGAUUUCUUUUAUUUAAAAUGAUCCCAGCCAAUCUGUUAAAUUAUCAUCUUGUAGUGCUUUGGGAGCGUUUAAAGCUGCAGACUUGGCGGUUCACAACGACUUCUUUUAUCCAGGAGAGCCACUGCUGCUUUUCAGCAAAUGGGGAUCGAUGACCUGCCCCCCUCCCCCCCCCCCCCCCCAAGAGAACCAGCCAAGCAGAGCUGUAACUACUGGACUUCCUGUUCUCCACUCAUGUCCCGUCAUCUCUGUCUGUCUGUUUUCUGUAAAUAAAGUUCCCAUUAACAAACCUGCUGUGUAAUUAAAUAGUUUUUUAUAAUGGUCUUGUCCGUUAUCUGAAGGAAGGAAAAAAAAUAGUUUUGUUUGUUUGUGUGUUUUUAAUUUGAAUGUCAGUUCUGGUUUUACAUUGUUGCUUUCCUUGUAUAAUCCAUCGUGGAAAAUCACAAUAAAGUCUUAAUUCUUU